GUGUCAGACGCACAAGUUCUGUGAAAUUGUACCUCGAAGAAAAUUGACCGCGUUAAUUUUUCUUUGAACGUAUAAACAGGUGGUUUUGAAAUCACCUCGGUCGAAUAAAUCGUUUAACCUACUUGCAUGAAGCGAGAACAGGGUGAAGACUAUCCUUGUCACGCGCGAACCUCUCGUUCCGUAUGCAUCCACGAAAGUGAGAGAGAAGGUGGGAUCAACGAUCUACGAUGAGGUAGGAUCGCGUGGCCAAUGAAUUGGCGCUGCGAUAAGAACGAAUUUGAUAAGAAGAUUAUUGUCGACUACUGAAACCUCGUUGCAUACGGAGGACGUCAGAUAUGCUGCAGCUUCGUAACGUUUAUUCGUGUAUCGCUUCCUGUUGAUAAUUCAGUUGUUUCGUUCCCCGUCUGUGGACAGUAGCAUUUUCUGCUUCGUAUACAGCCGAGAGAAGGUUUCACAGAGACCAUGCCGCUGUUCAAAGCGCGUGCUGCGCUGCGUUCACCGACGUCCGACAAAGAGAUGUCAAACGGUGGAUCGCAUUACGGCAAUUGUCAGCAAAAUGGCAACAAGAACGAACAAGAGGAGUCGGAUAACAAUGGAACCCACGACCAAAAGAAUGGGGCUGAAGAACAAAGACGGUCGUUCAGGGUGUCGAGAUCGCCUUUGGUGUUUCACUGUCAAUUAGCGCACGGAAGUCCCACGGGACUGAUAUCGGGCUUCAGCAACGUGCGGGAGCUCUAUCAGAAAAUAGCGGAAUGUUAUGAUUUACCAGCGGGAGAAAUACUGUUUUGCACGCUGAAUACACACAAGCUGGAUAUGACUGAAUUACUGGGCGGUCAGAUAGGAGUUGGUGACUUUAUAUUUGCCCACAAGAAAGGAAGGCCUAAAGAGAUUGAACUGGUGAAGACAGAUGAUUCCCUUGGACUGACUAUAACGGACAACGGUGCAGGAUACUCCUUCAUAAAGCGCAUCAAGGAAGGCUCCGUGAUCGACAGGAUAAAGGUGAUAGAAAUAGGAGAUCACUUGGAGAAAAUCGACGCCACAAGCUUGGUUGGUAAACGUCACUACGAGGUGGCAAGGAUGCUUAAAGAGAUCCCAAAAGGUACCACGUUUACGUUGAGGCUGGUCGAGCCCCUGAAGAAUGGCUUCGCCGGUAUCGGUCCAAGGGGAGAGCUAAAAAAAGGCAAGAAAUCAGGCUACGGUUCUGGAAAAGAGACGCUUAGGUUUAAAGCCGAUGGAAGUGCGCAAAUCAUAGAAAAGGUGGACGAUACUGCUUCAAUAGGAAUUCAGAAGAUUAACGUGAUUCUGGAAAGUUUCAUGGGCAUAUAUGAUACAGAAUUAGCUACACAAAUCUGGGAGCUUGCAGAAGGAAAAGACAACAGUAUGGAGUUUGCUGAGGCUAUUGAUAAUUCUGAUUUGGAAGAAUUUGGAUUCACCGACGACUUUGUCAUUGAAUUAUGGGGCGCUGUUACCGAUGCCAGAGCCGGGAGGCAUCGAUGAUACAAGGAUUUCUGUAAAUUAAUAGAGGACAGUUGAAAAAUCAUGAUCUUUAAACUGGAAUCAGUCUACCGAAGCAGAUUAAAAUGUAAAUUAUUUGUAGUAUUAGCGUUUAAAGUUUGUACAAUUUAUAUUAUAAAUUUAUAAAUAAAUGAUCAGAAACGUA